AUGAGUGAAUCAUCUGAAACAUCAUUUGAGAGGUUACAAUCUCCGGCCCGGGCGCCUCGUUCCCCGGCAUCUGAGGCGCCUCGUUCCCCGCCAUCUGACCAGCUCGAUCCGCCUUCUCCGGAAUCCAUCGAGGUCAUGAACAACCAUCCGGACGACUCUGGGACAGAUGAUGACCAAGCGCAGGAAUUGGGAGGCGAGGAACGCUUGACCUUGGUAGAAGAGAGGGUCACUAGUGUUAUUGGUUUCGAGCAUGGGCGGUCGAUUGAAAACCUUCCAACGAUGGCGCGCGUCAUGAGGCAAAUGCAAAUAGGCCAAGAAAGAAUGCGCGAUGAGAUAUCCGAACUGCUGGACAGAAGGGUAACGGACCUCAACAGCCGUCGAGAGCACAUGGAUAUAUUGAAUCGGGUCAUGGCACGACUCUUGGAUCUGGAGUAUUCCGUCCGGGCUCGCGAAAACGAGGGAUCCACUCGAGAGAGGAGUGGAACCCGGGUUCCCAACCGUGCUCGGGAGCCGGAAUCUCCUGCUCAUUUGUUGGAUGGGCUUUUGGAAGUGCUGCGCAGGCAAUUCGGGGCUGUGCUGGUGACGGCGAGGCUCCAGGGCCACUCGACUGAAGAGCGGGAGUCAAUAAUCAACGAGUGUCAGGCCAGAAUUACCGCCAUCCGGACUCAAGAGCUGGUUAUGACUAACGAGAUCAUAUCUGGGUUCGGAGGGAGAGUGCUUCUUGAAGAGAAUGAGUUCCGCGCCGAAAUCGUCCGAAAUCUCAAUGAGCGCGCUGAUUUCAGAGCUAUAAUGGAAGAUCUGAACCGUGUGUACGAGAUGGUCAGGCUGAUGAAAGCGGCGGGGAUUCUCACCGAGGAUGGCAACCCUGUGAGACCCAGCAGGAAUCGGGCCAGGUUUGUCUCCGAAUCUACGGAUGGCGCGGAGGAUUCCAUCUCUCGCGAUCAGAUGAACGUGGCAGGAAUCUUGGGAGCGCUGCGGUUCUUAAGAAGUCCGCGUGUCCGCCCGAAUGGGCGGGAAAGAGAAAAUCAUCUGAAUGAUGUUUCCAUGGCCUCGCCGUCCCCUUUGCCCAGCGCUUCCAGCAUCCUGCGCAAUGCUUGCCGUGUCAACAGCCCCGUGUUUGAAAGGGAAAGGCCGGUAGCAUCCUCUUCAAAAAGACCGGCGGAUGAGGAAAGGAGUCGAGCGGGCUUCAAGCGCGCCAGAAGUUCACCUUAG